AUGUCCAACCUCCCCCCUCUCACGCAACCCACACCUCCCUCCAACACCCUCAUCAUAACCGACCUGAACGACAUUCUCCUCUUCCAACCCGACUCCCUCGCCAACCUCAAAGCCUAUCUCGAGUCUCUGGCUCCUCUCAACUCCUUCUCCCCCCUCCCCUCCCUCCGCCGCAUCCUCUGCUCUUUCCACACGGACUCCGACGCUCUCCGCAUCCGCAAACUCCUAACUGGCGCACCACUGCUCAACCGCCCUAUCAUCCCCAAGAUCUACUUUGGCGAACCUACUCCCAUCAUGGACGACCUUGAGUCCCGCCCUAAACUCCUAGAGGCCCCCCAAGUCGACAAGCUCUUCUUCAUCUCACCGCCCCCCUCCCCGCCCCACGGCUGGGUCAUGCGCCAAGAAGAUCCCCCGAACAAGGAAGUCCACGCCAGUGAUCUCGCCCAGGCUUUGGCCAAGUUGAAGACCGAGCAGUCCGGUGUCGAGGAAGCAGCGACGGGAGUGGUGGUGUCAUCUAUCGAACAGCAGCAACAACAACAGCCGGGUACUCCGAUGUCCAUGACUUCGGACAAGAGGACGAGCAGUUGGCCCGUGGCCCUGUCGCAGACGCGCAGCCGCAGCAGCACACUCAUCUACCACCCCGAGGACCACGGAGGUAGCCCCAACUUGCCUGCUGUCAUGGUCGAGGACACCAGCGCUUCCCCAGAUGAGGAUAUCGAUAUGGACAUGAGCCCCAUCGAGAUGUCGGUCAAGAAGAUGCCGCCCAAGACUUCACGGCCCCCAGUGGAGCUGAUGGGGGGUAUCUAA